AUGGUACAUCCACUGCAAAUAAAAAUUCAUCCGACCGAAGAAGACGAUGAUGAUCAUCCGUUAUCCGCUAAAAUUGAUGACGCACCAAACUCGGCAUUUCGUUUCUCAAGCGACGAAAAAAAUCCAAAAUUACCCGCGGGGCCAGGAUUAACAAGAUCAUUAUCUUCAACACCACGAACAAAGGCAACAAGAGCUCGAACAUCAGAAGAAAGACGAAAAAGACGAACCAAUAAGACGACAUGGCAAAAGAUCAAAAGAAUCUACAGAAAAAACGAAAAACUCAUAUUUAUCUUGUGGCUCUCUCGUCUUAGUAUCGCGUUCUCAUUGUACUUUUUAAUUCUGAUUGAUGUAAUUCAUUUGAAACAGAAAAAAGAAAAAUCAUUCUGGAUCGAGAUGUUGACGCAACUCAUAAACGCGGAGUUCACUUUGAUUACUAUUAUUUUGCACCCGAAACGCUUAAGAAAUUUACCCCGUGCUUGGAAAAUCAUGAGAGCAAGUGGAGGUGGAAAUGUUGACGGCGGGCAUGGUGUUCCUGAGGAAAUCAGACAACAGCAAAUGAAGGUUCAGAAAGAUUACGAUUGGUAUACGUAUCAAGGUGAAAAAAAGUUUAGAUGUCCACCAUCACGGUUGUUCUUGAUUUUGAUCCUUUGGAAUAUUGGAAGUAUUGGACAAUAUUGUCUUGCGAGUAUAUUAUGGUUCAUUCGACCAGGUAAUCGACCCAUAAUCGCAUACAUCCUAAUCAGUAUCUUCACAUUUAUAUGUGAAUUCGGUCCAGUUCCAUAUGUCUUCAUUCAAAGGAAACGCAGUCGAGAACUUAAAGGAAGAACUUUAUCAUCCAGUUCACGGAGUUCGUUAACUGCUCAAUCGGAAAUGAGAGAUAUUGAUUGA